AUGGGCCCCAAGGGGGGAAGACAACAGCAGACGGGGAAGAAACAAUGCAGGCUGUGUCGGCAGGGCUCCGGAAUAUGCCAACAAGGGUUCAGAAAAGUACAUGAGCGCUCUGACCCAGCAUGUCGGUUCCAUGGCUUUGCUGAAAGGGGGUCCGGCAGCCGACCAGUGACACAAGGACGCGAGCCACCACAGCAAGAGGCAGGGGAUGGAAAGACUCCGCAGAUCCCUUUCUCACACAUGACCAGGUUCACGACCCGAGGGGGACUGGGACUCCACUUUCUACCUGGACCCCUCGAUAGGUGGGGAAAGCGGGAGAUCUACGAUGCAAAUGGGGUGUGGAUGGACGCCGAGACCGACGAGCCACUCAGCCAGAAGGACGCGGGGGAGUACGAAAAGUACCGGGACCGCUUCAAAACACGGUGCAAGAUAGCUGCAACGGCAGACAAGGUCACAAAAAUAGUGGACAAGUACUUGCCCGCCCUCGCCGACGAGACGCGGGCACACCUGAUCCGCUUUCCGCAGAAGGCCGGCGCACUGCUUACAAAGGCGAGGCAGAUCAGAAAGAAAAUGCGAAGACAACGGAAAGCCAAGAAAAAGAAGACGGCGACGCAGCCGACUACGACUACGACACCAAGCCAAGGGGGAGAAGAAGCAGCAACGGAAGCCGACUUGAGAAAAGAGCACGACGUUGAGGAAGUCGACUGGGGGAGCGACGACUCAGCCACUACGAGCACACCACCACCUAACCCUGACGGGGGAGGCAAGCAACAUGGUGAAGACGAUGCUCCCAUGAGCCAUGGCAGGGGAGAGGAACCGAGCUCGAGUGCUGCCGCGGCAGCCACCAGAAGCCACGUGGAUGUGGGGGAAAGGCGCUUGGGACAAGAGAGACCGCGCACUCCCAGCCGCAGCCCAAGGCGACGGAGAGACGCCAACCUGCUGGGGGAAAAGCGCUUGGGGCAAGAGCGACCGCGCACACCCAGCCGCAGCCCGCGGCGACACGGAGGGGGACGAGUGCACCUCCAGCCGAACAUGUGGUGGCAAGUUCGACAAGUACAAGAACACAUGCAAAGCAGCCGUGAGAGCAGUGAGCGCCAUGAUGUGUAA